GGGGUCAGGGAAAUUUAAAUAAUAUGUCGAUGCAAAUUAAUGAAGAACAAGUUCGUCGGUAGUUGCGAUAUGCCUCAUUCAGCAUUUAAAUAAGCAGCAUGAUUGCAUGGCUUAAAAUGGCGUCAUCGUCCCUCAAGAGCAGACGAAGGGAACUGCUAAAAAUGAUUGUCAUUGUUUUUGCUGUAUAUCUAAAAUGGUGGACGCUGCCUGCCCACACGACAACUCUGGAGUUUCACUGUAUAUUAUAAAACUCCCAGCUGCAUGCAUAUAAGCUGUGAUCGGACGUCCUUUCUGAAACAGUAAACAACGCAUGCAAUGCAUCUAUAGAAUGGCUAUAGAAAAGGGGCCUCAAGGACACACAUUCAGCCUGUCCCAAAUCCUCCUCAUAUAUAGAGGUGGAUGUUGGUAAAACAUCUCCAACUGGAGUAAGUCGCAAUGACUAUGCGAUCCACUGUGUUCACGAGUGGAGGACACAGACUGGACGCGAGCCUCAGCAAGAAGCCAGCAGGAGCCCACGAACCCCUGGCCGGCCUGAAGAAGGAAAGCCGCGACUUCGCCACCCAUGUGCUGAGCACGAUCCACAACAGUGUAAAUCAAAAGUAUCACCUGCACAGCAAAGCAAAUAUCAGCCGUCAGAACGCGUUGAGCUGCCCUGACCAAUCUCCAACAGGGAACCUCGGGCAGGAGGAGAACUGGGAGACGCUGGGGGCCUUGACACUCCCGUCAACCAAGCAGAUGGGGGCCGAAGGUUCCCCGGUUAAGAGCAAAUCACUGUUUUGUCAGGCCAAUCACAACCACGUGGGGAAGAUGGAUCCCAUGGUAUCAAAUGGCAGCAAUCAGCGGAGAGACGGAGGGCAAGUGGGGGCGGUCGUGGGGGUCCCCUCGCCGGAGAACAGUCCCGAUGGGAAGCGGCGGAAUGUGAGGAAAGGCUCCGGCCUCGUGGAUACGCAAACCAGCUGCAUCCGACAGAUCCUGUUGCUGCAACUGGAACUGAUUGAACAGCAGCAGAAGCAACUGCACAACAAGAGCAAAGAGAUUGAUGACCUCAAAGCUGAAAAAGAGAUGCUAAUGGCACGUAUUGAACGCAUGGAGCGUCGGCUGCAGAUGGUGAAAAAAGAGGGUACCGAAUCCCGUCCUUCUCGUCGUAAGGAGCCUGAUGCCGAGACUGCUUCCACAGAUGACGUCCAGCAAUCUGAGGGGCGAGUUCAAACCCCAAAGCAAACGUACUUUGGAAGAGGAGGAAAAAACCUGAAAAGGAGGUUUCUUUUCCAGGACUCCCGGAUGAGUAGGUCACGACGUGGGCAGCCUAGGUCACCACCAUCGCCACCACCACAGGAAGACCCAGCUCAGAAGGAGGAACCCCAGGAAGAGACAGAGCCCGAAUUGCAGUCUCAGUCGGAGGAACUGCCCUACCUGACUACCACAGAGAUGUACCUCUGUCGCUGGCAUCAGCCGCCUCCGUCACCGUGGCGAGACCCUUCACCUGUGCAUGAGGACACAGUUGCAGUUCCUUCCUGGCGGGAGAGCAUCUUAGAGCCUUUGGGGCAGAAAGAGGCAUCGGACAUCCCUGAGUGUCUAGAAGACAAUGUCUUUCUGAAGAGGCAUUCAAAACUUGAGCUGGAUGAAAAGAGGAGGAAGAGGUGGGAUAUCCAGCGUAUUCGUGAGCAGAGGAUGUUUCAGCGUCUACAGCAAAGAAUGAACAGGAGGAAGGUCAUUCAGGAGAGCGAACCAGAGCUGCUCUCCUUCUAUCCAGACUCUGAAGAUGUGGAGUCCAUUAUGGUGACACCCUUCCUGCCAGUGGUGGCUUUUGGACGACCUCUUCCCAAUCUGAAACAGCAAAACUUUGACCUGCCUUGGCUGGAUGAGCGUAGUCGUUGUCGAGCGGAGGUGACCAAGAAACGGACACCUCAUCGGACAUGUCGCAAAUGAACAAGCUUCUUCGUUCGCACCGUCCUGCGUGCUGAAACAAUAUCUUACCCUCGUGGUCUCAUCUCUCAUACACACCUAUAUUGCACUUUGGAUCUUCAGAAGCAGAUUGAAGGGUGAUUUGUGGAUCUCCCUAAAAUCCAAGCUGUAUACAUGAGAAACUGUUUUGCUCUGUAAUGUCUGAGAAAGAAGCUCUCCCAACCGCACACCCAUGAUCACAGUGCAGAUUGUAACACUUCAGUGUUCACAUUUGUGUCAUACUUUGCAGGUUAGCUUGAGCAGUAUGGACCAAAGCUUCCAAAGCUUCUACCAUAACACUUUAAGAGCUGCCGUAAAAUAUCAAAACUGCGUUUUUUGGUGUGUGAGUUCUUUCAGUCACAUAAAGGGAAAAAUGAUGAAAACCGGCUACAGAAGCAUUUGUUGUAACAUAAGGAAAUGUGUAAGAUACUUGUAACUAAAGAAAUUAUUUCAAAUAUUAAAACAAGUCAUAUUAUGGA